AUGGAGGCCCUCCGCGCCGCCGCCAGAUCCUGCGCGCCGCCGCCGGGGAUGAGCUCCACCAGGCUCGGCACGUUCUCUGCUUCUGCUUCCGAGCUCUCCCGCCGUUCGAUGUUCGGUGCGUCCGCCGGUGGCCGUGACGGCGGCGACGGAGACGGGGGGCGGCGAAGGAAGUACGACGCACUGCUGCUGGACGCCGGGGGUACCCUCCUGCAGCUCGCGAGGCCUGUAGAAGAUACCUACGCCUCGAUCGGCCGCAAGCACGGUCCGUGAAGGCCACCUCCCUCUUCUCUCUUCUCCCAACGAAGCUCUGACGCUCCGUGGAAUCAGGGUGUUCCUCACAUUGCUCUGGUUUCCUGUUUAUUGAUCUUCCCAGGGGUCAACGCCGCCGCGAGCGAGAUAAAGCAAGGGUUCCGGAGGGCCUUCGCCGCUCCCUGGCCUGAGAAGCUUCGCUAUCAGGUUCAGUGAAGUUCCUCAGAGCAACUAUAAGCUUCAAAAUAAGAAAUUCUCCUGAAAAUGAGAUCGCUGUCGGUGCCAUCGAAGAUGAAGAAGAAUUGAAGGAUUUCUUCUCUGGUGGUGCGGCAGGGCGAUGGGAGGGCUUUCUGGAAAGCUGUGGUCGCAGAGGCGACAGGGUGCCCCAGCAUCGACUAUUUCGAAGAAGUUUACAAGGUGAACACAUGAAGUUCUAUUUGAUAUCAAAUUUUUGAAAGAAAAAAACAGCAGCCAGCAUGAAAGAGUAAAAAAAAUCUGCCUAAGAAUUCCAUCAUUAACAUCUUGCCUUCAGAAAAAAAAAGAAAAAGAAAGAUUUUGAAACAUUGAACGAUGAUUCCUCAGCACUUUGCAAAUGGGGAUGCGUGGAAGCUACCUCUUGGCGCGCAUGAAACGCUCUGCUGCUUGAGGGAUGCCGGAGGUCGUCGCCAUCUUCAUCUUCUUGAUUUCACCAUCGUGAUAUCUGCUAGUCUCUGACACAUCGGCAUUAUUCUCCCCGUUCAGUCAAGCUGGCUGUUGUUUCUAACUUCGACACUCGUUUGCCCAAGCUGCUGAGGGAUCUGAGCGUUGCUAACCUGUGAGUUAUCUUGUCUACUUCACUUCGACUGUUCUCCCAAUAAAACGAAUUGUCUUAUGCUUUCCAGCGGUUGACCUUCCAGGGCCAUGCAAUGAGCAUUUGAAAAGGCCAAACUCAUGACUAGUUUCUCUCGUAUCAUCCCAUGGGAUGCACAAUCUACUGAAAUGCUUACGACUCUUGUUGCUAAUUUUUUUUUAGAUAUUUGUGAGUUCCACAAUUAAAUAUAUUUUCCAUAAACUUUCAAUAACACUGUUUCACAUACAAACUCACGCUAUGCAUGUAGAUACGUUCCAUAAAUCUAUUUCUUUGUGUUGAAGGUGUUCUUCAUCUAAGAAUAAUCCUGUGUUUUGCCCCAGUUAGGUUUGACGCCAUCAUAGUGUCUUCAGAGGUUGGAUAUGAGAAGCCAGAUUCAAGGAUCUUUGAAGCAGCUUUAGGUAUUGGUGACUGUCAUCCAUUGGUACCGUUCAAGAUUAGAUACAUUUCUCUCUCUCUCUCUCUCUCUCUCUCUCUCUCUCUCUCUCUCUCUCUCUCUCUCUCCCUCCCUUCUCAGGAUACUGUAAAAAAUUUGAAAAGAAAUAUGCAGAUUUGAUUCCACAUUGCCAUCGGUGAAAUUGGAAGGGAUGAAAUUAAGUGGGGCCAUACAAGCUUUUUUUUUUUUCUGCCAAUUUCCGUUUGGAUGCGUGGAUAUCAGCAAUAUUAGUUGGUAGAAAUAUCUGUGUUGGGUUUUUCCAAGAGAUCAAAAGAAACAAAUCUGAAACUGUAAUUGUGUCCGGGAUGCUAGAUGAUAUGAUGCUUAGUUUAGUGACGCAGAUUCCUGGCAAAAAGAAAGAAAAUCAGAUAGACAAUGGGUGAGGUUGUGACAGACCGAGGUUACUCCUCUGUGAUUUCAUGGAAGAUCAUGCUGUGCCUGCAGAAAAAAAACUGUCCUUCCUCUCUGGAAAACUGAGAGAUUCCACACCUAUGGUUCUCUUCAGAUGAAACAACAACACUAUUGCCACCAAACAACAUUAGACAGACCUUCAUGGUACAUUCAAGAAACACGGUACCAUUGUCCACUGCAGCUAUGUCAAGCUGCUAUCUUUGUUGAAGUAGAAGUAACUGUUUUCUGUGAAGAACCAAGGAACAGAUCGUGUAGUCAUAAAUUUUAGAAUCAUCCAACACCCAUUCCCUUGCUUCUUUCUGCAGAUAAUGCCAGCGCUCAAUGUUAUCUUCAUGGGAACACUUGGCAUUAGCAUCUAUUGCUCUUUUGCAUGUGUUUGACAUUUGUUGGUCUCCACAGUCUGCAAUAAUUGUGGGUGUUUGUUGAUUGUAGAUCAGCUGGGCGUCCAGGCCAGUGAAGCAGUUCAUGUUGGGGACGAUGAAAAGGCAGAUAAGAUAGGCGCGAACGCUAUUGGGAUCGAUUGCUGGUAAUGGCUGCUGCAUCUCAAUUCAUCUCCUCCCCUUCUUAGGCCGGCCCUCCUGCGUUCUAGUUUUCCUUUUCAUCCUCACUGGGCAGAGAUCUAACCUGGAUCACCAUGUUGUGUGAAUUCUUGAACACACAUUCGUCUGAUAAACGUGGUGAGCUCGUGUUACCUAUGAAACUAAAUCACCGUAAAAAGAGCUGACCAAUAUUAUCAUAUUCCUGAAGCUUGCUAAUGGUGGAGUUGGAUCACCAAGAGUUUUUGUUUUCCUUUUCCUGGUGCUUGAAACUGAAUCACCGAUGCAAUACUUUCAGGUUAUGGGGAUCAGAAGUGAGGACAUUUGCAGAGAUCCGUGACCGAAUUCUCCAGCAAGUUCCAGGGGGUUGGAACUGA